CUGGAUUAAGAUGGCGGCGGUAUUGACGUAUCAUCCAGUGGUGUCCGCUUGCUGUUUCUGGUUUCACACGUUUGCAGCUGUUACCAUAGAUACCGGAGUUGUUUCCGUAAAGCCUCCAUACGGUUUAUGUUUAGGCUGAUACCAAAAUGUUGGAUUUGACAGUAAAUUUGAGCUCUCUCGGGUUUGAGUCUGGACUCAGUGAAGAUGAAAAAGAGUUGCUUUUUCUGCGCAGUCGUUCUGUUGGCUUGACUAUAAGUGGGUGUGCGCAUGCUGUAUUUGUCUGUGAACUUUUCAGUUUGUUAAGAAAGAAACUGAAUGCUGAGAAUGGAUGCGUCAAUAAAGCACAUCUGUCUGUUGGUAUUUUGGGUGGAGGAAACAUGGGCAAGCAGCUGGCAAUGGCUUUAAUUCGUACUUCAAACCUCAGGUCAUGUGACAUUAACUUGUCAACAAAAAGACCCGAGACCUUAGGUGAAAUUUCAAACAUGGGUGUGGAGUGUUACUUUGACAACAUUCGACUGGCUAAAUGGGCAGAUCUGCUCUUCCUUUGUGUCUUGCCCUCUCAUCUUCCUCAGGUUUGCUCAGACAUUCACUGCCAUUUGCCUUCAAACUGUCUUGUGUACAGUUUCACGUCAGCAGUGCCGCUCAACAGGCUGUUGAUGCUCCUUGACCACAAUUUUAUUAUCAAACCCCAGUAUAAGUUUGUGGAUUACGAUGAUGUGACUUCAGUUUGGCUUCUCCACAAUCAAGUAUGCACAGCUUUAAAAGAUAAGCUAGUGCAUUCAGCCACGGUUCCUCUUUCAAUGAAAGGUGGGCUCUUCCUGGAUCGACGAUGGACGUCUGCUGUGCUCUACGCUCUCCUCAACAUGUGCACAGCAGAAAAGCUGGACUCCGGAAACACUCUUCAGCUGCUAAAUGGACUGUUUGAGACUGGUGUUUCAACAGAGACGUUCACUUAUCACAGUUUUGUCAAUUCACCCAAUGCCACCUCUGAUGUCCAUAAACCAGACGAACUUUUUCCAUGGAUCAGUUUGGUCAAUGCACAAACUAAAGACACUCCACUGACUGACCUGCUGUCAAGGAAUUCAGGUUUGCGAGACUGUAUUUCAUGCAUGUACUACAAUGUUUUUGCAAACUUAGCUGAAGGAUAGUAUUUUUGUUGUUGGUGAUUAGAUCUGAUACACACGACUAUUGAAUUGUGUAAUGUACAUUGUGUGCACUCAUGUUAAGUCUGUUUAUCGUCAGUCAUAUGUGAAGGUGUUUGUGAUGUGCAGUCUAUUAUAAGUGCUAAUUAAACUCUGGGGGAAAAUGG